AUUGCUGUACGCGAACGCGGCGGAAGUUGUCCUUCGGGAUAAAUAAUCUUGCAAACAAUUAUGUGUCUUUUCGAGAUUCGUCCUCUCAUACAUUUCUCUGUUUUUCGUUGAAGGGAAAGGUCCUGUUCAAUUCCGCCAAGCCAAGUACACGCGACUUUCACAAGCUUGAGAGAGACCACCCCUAAUUUUUGCUAUUGAGGCUGCCCAGAUACGUCAGCGAGUGAGGCCAACGAAGAUAUCCACCGACUUCUUUUGCGCGACAAUCAACCGCCAUCACUCAAACCCGAUCCGACUUAUCUUCUACCAGUCCUUCCCGUGUUGAAUUUCUGAACAACUGACUCCGCGCCGGCUCUAUGAUCGUGGGCGAACGGGUAUAAUCAAGCGUCUUCAGUCUUGGCGCGCCCAGAAUCUGCAAACCAAGGAACAAGCGGAACAACAAGGAAAUUCUCCCCCUUUACUCUUCAUAGCAGAGGAUUAAUACAAUGGCCAAACCACGUCGCGGCGUCAAGUUCAAUCACAGGAAUGGACACAGUUCAGGAACAGAUGGGCGGAGGAGUAGCUUUUCAGACAUCAGCGAAGCGGCAUCAGAGCCAGGUUCUCCUGACAAAACUACAAAUGGGGGUGACACGAUCGUGGUGCAGCAACCCGGAAUCUCCGAAUAUGAGAAGAAGAAGCAAACUUUCCUCACACGAGCAUUAUGGACCUUUAUCAUGAUCGGCGUAUUUUUUGGAGCAAUGUUCAUGGGACAUAUCUACAUCAUAGCGAUUGUGACCGCUGUACAAAUCAUCUCUUUCAAAGAGGUUAUUGCUAUAGCGAACGUCCCUAGUCGAGCUCGGCGAUUACGGUUUACAAAAGCUCUCAACUGGUACUGGCUGGCAACGACUAUGUACUUCCUCUACGGAGAAAGUGUGAUAUACUAUUUCAAGCAUAUUGUCCUGGUUGACAAAGUCCUCUUGCCGUUUGCAACUCAUCACAGGUUUAUAAGCUUCAUGCUCUACAUUAUUGGAUUUGUCUUCUUUGUUGCUUCACUGCAAGCCGGACACUAUCGAUUCCAAUUCACUCAGUUCGCAUGGACCCAUAUUGCGCUGUAUCUGAUUGUAGUGCAAGCACACUUCAUUAUGAACAAUGUAUUCGAAGGGAUGAUCUGGUUCUUCCUCCCUGUUUCCCUGGUCAUUUGCAACGAUAUCUUUGCAUACAUCUGUGGAAUUACCUUCGGUCGCACUCAGCUGAUUAAGUUGUCCCCCAAGAAGACAGUUGAAGGAUUCGUGGGUGCUUGGAUUCUUACUGUUUUAUUUGGGAUUGGCAUGACCAACGUGCUCAUGCGGUACAAGUACUUCAUCUGCCCUGUGAAUGACCUGGGCGCAAACAUGUGGACCGGACUUGAAUGUGUUCCAAAUCCAGUCUUCACUCCUCAUAUCUACCACCUCCCUAUUUGGUUCCCGAUUCACAAAUCCUUCUCUAUGACUCCUAUGCAAGUCCACAUCCUUGUUUUCGCGACCUUCGCCUCCCUCAUUGCUCCUUUUGGUGGAUUCUUUGCCUCUGGCCUCAAACGUACUUUCAAAAUCAAGGACUUUGGUGACUCCAUACCUGGUCACGGCGGUAUGACGGAUCGUAUGGAUUGUCAAUUCAUCAUGGGUUUCUUCGCGUACAUGUACUACCACAGUUUCAUCGCAGUCUACAAAGUGUCUCUUGGUGGAGUCAUUGAGACGGCUAUCACCGGAUUGACUCCAGAAGAACAGAUGGAACUCGUAAAGGGUAUCAGCAAGCAUCUUUUCAAUCAAGGUGUAAUUGCUGAAGGGGUCCUGGAGUGUUUGAACGGAGCAGUAAGAAGGAGAUGAUGAAAAGUUCUUGCAUUACGAUUUACGAGUUUCCAUUUGCGCUGGUUGACCUGUAUAAUACCCUUACCUUCUGUCCAUAUGCAAACCACGCGUUUGGAUCCUUCUUUGUCGAUGGUGGUCAGCAACUUGCAAAAAUAUAUCAUACGGGCCAGGCUCAAAAUUCACUAUCCGAGGUUGUAAGUGGGUACAGGGUGCAUGACGAUUUCCCACGUCGGAUUGUUUCUGGCGAUUCUUAAUGGCAAUGAAAAGUAUCCGAGCAAGGAAUAGCUUGCUCUAUUAGGACAUGUCUAAUGAUCAUCUCAUCCAUGGUGCCUCACGUGACUCUGGAUACACCAGAGAAAACGACUCGGAAGGAUGUAAGUAUAGGUUUCGCUAGGCGUGGCGUUCUAUCAUUAUAUCUCUUGUAGUGUUUCUGGCUCGUUUUCUCUGAUUCGCUUCCAUCUAAGUGGUCGAUGUAGAGAUUUAACCAUGCGCUCAAUGAUGACGAUC